AUGGGGAGCAACGAACAGAAAGGUAGCUUUCAGAAGGCGGCAAGAUGGCAUCCUCCAGCAUACGAUGUACGGGUUGAGAUGAUUCCUAUCCCUAGUAUUGUGCAUCCAGAUGAUGCUAUAGUGAAAGUCAAGUAUACGGCUGUCUGUGGCAGCGACCUUCAUAUAUACCGUGGGCAUGGCACAACUGUGAAUGCACAUACAAUGGGGCACGAGUUCAUUGGCGAGAUAAUUACCCUUGGCGAAAGUUUCAGGUCGGAUGUGGUUGACCGCCCGGCCCUCUAUUCGACUUUACGGGUCGGCGACAAGGUUGUGUCGCCAUUCACAACCAAUUGUGGUGAAUGCCAUGUCUGCCGGCUAGGAUACACGGGCCGGUGCACGGCUGGGCUACUCUUUGGUUGCGAUGCUCUGGACGGUGGUCAAGCGCAAUACGUACGAGUGCCCAAAGCCGGAAGCACGUUGUUCAGCCUAAGCAAGCCAACAUGGAAUAGCACCUUGUCCGGCCCCGAGAGAGCCAAAGCAUUGGCUGGGUUGAAUGACUCGUCCCUCCUUCUUUUGGCAGAUAUUCUCCCCACAGGUGUAUUUGCCGCAAUACAAGCCACAAGUCACCCGAAAGUCCUGCCAAUGAUCAAUGGCCUGCCUUGGCCUUAUGCUCUGAACCCGGAUCAGGCCUCGGAUUUGGAAAAGCAGGUUCUUACCCCAGAAGACAGAUUGCUAGUCUUUGCCAUCGUAGGGUUGGGCCCCGUAGGCAUCUGUGCGGCAGUUAGCCUUUUGGACGUCUUGGCAAGAAGGCAGCUUCCUUACAAAAUCGUCGCUAUCGACCCACUCGAGGCAAGAAGAGAGAAGAUGAAGGCGGUAUACGAUAAGAUCGGGUCCGAUGGUAAAGGUCAAGGGGAGUUUGCCGUAGCAUCGAUUGACGAGGCCAAAGCACUCGUGCAGACCUUGACGGGAGGAGUCGGGUGUACGGCCGUGCUGGAGAUCGUUGGCAACAACAGCGCGAUCUCGCUUGCAUACGACCUUGUUCGUGCCUUUGGAGCUAUCGUCUCCGUAGGCGUACACGGCGAACCGUCUGUCCCAUUCACCGGUCGUCAGCUAUACAACAAGAAUGUUUCUUUCGACUUCGGGAGAUGCCCAGCGCGGGCCAUGUUCCCUCCCGCAUUUGAUCUCUUAGUCAAACGACAAGACGUUUUUGGCGGGGUAGGCGAGCCGACAAGCUUGAUUGAUAGAAUAAUAUCCUUGGACGACGCCCCUGAAGCUUACAAAAAGUUCGACAAGGGCGAAUGGGGGAAGGUUAUUUUGGACCCGUGGAAGUAG